UCCGCCUCUUCUCCGCUGCGCUCACUCCGCUGCGCCGCGCCGCGCCGCACCCGGCUUCGGGGGCCCUGCUCUGCGCCCCCCCGGGGCCACUUGCUUUAGAAUCCUGUCUCACCUCCCCUUCCCACCGGAAGCUCUCCACCCGAGGUGGCCAGGGUGGCAGCUAACUAACCGAUGUGUAGAUACUCAAAUUGACAUUAACACGGAGGAGCCCCAUGGACAGGUGGCCACAGGUGGACAGUGCAGGACGAGGGAUUGUGGAGCUGGGACUAGAUGUGUGGCUGACCGCACCUCACCUGCCGCCAGGGAGCCAGGCUAGCGCUGCCUAUCCCAGAAGCCAUGCCUCCCCUUUUGGGUUCAACAGGAUUUCUGUGGCUCUGCCCUCUGCACCUGCUGUCUGCGUACCACCUGUACGAGAGGAACAUGGAGGCCAGUGCAGGAUGGCCUGUGUCCUGUUGCCCCAGCUGGCAGAGAUUAAGGGCCAGGCAUCACCUCUGAAGGUGACAUGACAAAAGAGCCCACCUCGCCACCUGCCAAGUGCCCAAGGACGGAUUCUGUUGCCAGACCCCGUGGCCAGAUGGCAGGACCUAGCAUCACCUGAACGAAGAGGAGGAAACCCAGCUUUUGCCCACUGGCACCCAAGGUGAUGGUCUCCAAGGUCAGCAAACAGUAUCAGCUGCUGUUCGGCACAGAGCUGUUGAAGGACCAACCACCCGCAGGGGCCGUGUGGGGCUGUGUGGGGCCGUGGUCUGAGGUGGCCAAAGCUGUAGGCUGCUUCUGAAGAGACAUUGUUAGUUGAAGCCUAAGUGGCGGGACCUAUGUGCCGUUGUGAGGUGCAAGCUGGGCGACCUCCAGAAAGCUGCCCUUGCACCUGGCCCUGGCUCCAGUAACCACAGACCCUGAUCCCCACGCCUGUGGAGCAGGGGUGGCGAGCUGUGUUUCCAGGCACUGCCUCCAGAGAGCUUCGAUGUGGAGCUCUUCACAGGUGCUGUGCCGCUGAUUGCCUCGCCCCCAGACGUUCCGCCUUGCACAAGUGUGUGCUUCACUGACGUGUCCUGAAUUCUCUGGGUUGUGCGUCUGUCACCCUUGUAACUCCAGAACAAGUACUCCGCCCUAAGGCAGCGUGCUCUUUGGUAGCUUGUGGCAGUCCCUUUGUCUGCCUGCUCCCCGCAAGCAUGAUGCUGUCUGCCCUGGCUUUUUGAUGCUGUUUCUGUGAAUGGCACUCCCGCAUUACCUGUAUGUUGGCUCUGGGCCUUGGAGCCUGAGCUGCUGGCCUGUGACAUAGGAAUGCUGUCAACUGGACCAACCGAAAGCCCAGCUGUUGGGUGCUGUCCAGUGCUAUGGAGUGCUUCAGAAGGUGGAGACCAGUCUGCAGGAAAACGGUGUGGCCAGCACGACGGACGGCGGGCUCUGCAGCGGCUGCUGGGCGUGGGGUCCAGCAGCAGGAAGUCCCCAUACCAGCAGAGCUCCAGUCCUGAGCCAGCAGAGGUGGCCCCGCUUGCAAGCACUGACUCCGCACCAAGACACAAGCCCAACUUCAGCACUCGGGAGACAGAGGUUCUGGUCCAGAGAGUAGCACUGCUGGAUCCACCAGCCCGGAAAGUGUGGAGCAGGAUCCUGAAGGCGCCAUCAAGGAGGACAAGGCCCCUCGCUGCCUCUGGUUACCUGCGCAGACCAUCGAUGGCCCCAGCCCACCUGAACCUGACACUCUGGGCUUUGAUGGAGUCUUCCAUGCACCACCUUCGCCGCCACCUUCCCAGCUGCAGUGCUCCCACAGCCACCUUCCUGCGGGAACUUUGGGCCUGCUGUGCCUUCCAUUCCAGUGCCUGCACUGCCUCUGCCCUCUUGGAGGAACCCAGUAGCAUCAACCAAGGCACCUACUUUGAGCAGCUGCUGCUGGACUUGCACAGGCAUCAGGAUGCCCUGCUGGCCAACUGGUCCCAGCAGCAGAGUACACUGAUGGCCCAACAGAACCUGAUAGCAUCGAGGCCCCCAUCCAGACCCUUGAGCAUCUGGUGGCAGUACGCUCCACCCAGGAAGCCUCGUUCUCAGUUGUAGAUGGAGUCCCUGAUGAUGGAGCUGCCCAGGGACCCACCCAAGGCUCCUGUGGUGGUCCUGUUGGUCUGGAGGACUCAAGCAUGAUCCUGAAGGUGAAGAGGAGAUAUAGGGCUGGCCUAGGGGUGCUGGCCCAGAGGAGGGUGAGGUAGGGCCUCAAGUCCCACCUCUGACCAGCCUGGGAAAAGGUACCAGGACCUGGUGCCUAGGGAGCCAGGAUAGCUCCAAUCCUGAGUUGAGGAAGAUUUAGAGGACACAUGACAUCACUUCAUUGUGCUCUUGUGUCCCUGUCUUCAUGGGAAGUGGUCACUUGUAGGGCAGGACUAGAGAACUAGCCUGCAGGUCAUGCUCUGCUCAGGGCUCACUGAGUGGGGAAGAAGUCACAGUGAACCUGGCCUCCCAUUACUGUAGCUAGCCAGGCCCAGUGCCCCCGAUUUUGCUACAUGGCAACUCCCUGCAGGCCUUGGAGUUCUGGAAGUGUGGUGUACCAGUCCUGAAAGCCUCCCUCUUUUUAAAUAUUAUCAGAGGGAGAAAAAAAUGGGUGCACCAGCCACUGUAAAAACACUCUAGACACAUGCUACCUUGUGCAUCUGGCUUAGGUGGAUAUUGGGGAAUUGAGCUUGGGUCCUUAGGCUUCGCAAGCAAGCACCUUAACCUCUAAGCAAUCUCUGGGCCCCAGUCUCCCUCUUUUAUGGCAGAUUAGGAGGGCUAGGCUCCUGCUUUGUCCUCCAUUCUGGCUCAAGAGUCCUCCAUCUCGGGCCCAUGACCUUCCUUCCAGUGUUAUUCCUAUGAUUACAGAUGCCACGUACAUCUUGUCACUUGAUAUUGUAUGGAUCGGGUGUCAUUUUGUACCUGCUGCUUUUUCAUGCAAAAUGUAUUUUUCUUCGAUAAUCACAAAAUAGCAAUAAGAAGGCAGCGACACUGCUGCUGAGUGAAUGAGCUGGAAUCUC